AUAUAUAUCAUAUAUGUUCAAAUGAUCAAGUGACCUUCCUUGUACUUCUUCAAGAACAUCAUUUCAUUAGAUUUUGAAUUGUCCUCUCCCUUAACUAUUCAUAAUCUUUAAGGCAAAAAUAAAAAAUGGGGAGACAUGCUUGUUGUAUAAAGCAAAAACUGAGAAAAGGUUUAUGGUCACCGGAAGAAGAUGAGAAACUUUACAAUUAUAUUACCAGAUUUGGUGUUGGUUGCUGGAGUUCUGUUCCUAAGCUUGCUGGUCUUCAAAGAUGUGGAAAAAGUUGCAGAUUGAGGUGGAUUAACUACUUAAGACCUGAUCUUAAGAGAGGAAUGUUCUCACAGCAAGAAGAAGAUCUUAUUCUCAGUCUUCAUGAAGUUCUCGGUAACAGGUGGGCUCAAAUUGCAGCACAGUUACCAGGAAGAACAGACAAUGAAAUAAAGAAUUUCUGGAAUUCUUGUUUGAAAAAGAAGCUUAUGAAGCGAGGAAUAGACCCAACAACUCACAAGCCAAUAAUUACAACUCAAGAAAAUAUUGAAGUGAAACAAGAAAAUAACUGUACAGAUCAUAAUAAGACAUCAGAGCCAACAUUUAUGAUCAACGAACCGACAGCAACUUACUACAAGCAAGCUUAUGAUCCACUAUCAUACUUCGAAUUUCCUGAGAAUGUGUAUAAUAACAACAAUAAUUCAAGCAUUUCAGGUAUACAGAACCAGUUUGAUACAAGCUCGAGCUUCGAAUUCAUUUCAAUGCCGAAUUUAACAAGUUUUGAUCAUGGAAGCAUAAGCGCGACGGAUUUUUCUGAUAACUCGGGUUCAAGAAUGAGCUCCGUGUUCUUGAAUGAUCAAGCUAAAGAAAGUUCAAGCAAUAGCUCAAAUGUAAGCAACUAUUCGGGAUAUCAGGUGAACAAUUAUAUGAUGGAUCAGAAUAAUAAUAAUGUGGAUUUUUCAUGGGGUAAUAGUGGUGAUCAUAACAGAUUAGAGAGCUCGAUUUUUCACUUUCCGGUGAACGGAAUUAAGACGGAAGAAGGACGGAUUCUUGUUCAUGGUCAGAAUCCAGUAGAUUUCUGUAGCUAUCCGUUAACGUCUCUGUCAGAGGAUCUAACAGGAGCACAUUUUGAUGUCUACCAUCAGAUAUCAUGAACUGUAUAUACAUUAAUUCUUUUUUAAAAAUGUUUUUGAAUCUUUCUAAACGAACACAUACUUUGAUGUAUAGUAUAUACAGGAGUGUUUCAUUGGAAUCUUAA